AUAUCCUGAAGGUCGUAAAGCGGGGCAAUUCGAACAUCUGGAGAAUGUUGUGGAUUUCAGCCUAACUAUACUAUUUCAAUUGAAAACCAUACUAUGUUAGCUGUCAGCCUCCUCAUCAGAUUUCCAAAUUCAGGAAAUUGUUAUUCUCUGAAGUUCACUAAAGAUAUCACCGUUUACGAUCUCUGUCAUGAAGUUCAAUCAAAAAUUAGAGAAGCAGCUUGUCUAAAUCCAUCAGAGUAUGGCAUUUUUGUGCCAGAUCCAGACCCCAAGCACUCGUUUUGGUUGGAUAAUUCAAGAAUGCUUUCAUAUUACCAUUUCUGUGAUAAUUUUGAGGUUCAAUAUCGUUCCAAGCUUCGCCUUCUUGUUAUACAGACGAUGGAUGAGACAAGGAAAACACUACAGGUGGACGAUAGCAAAACUGUUUCUGAACUUAUGUUUACGAUUUGUGCUAAAAUAGGUAUCACUAACUAUGAAGAGUACUCAUUAAUAAGACCAUCCGAUGACGAUGAAAAGAUGCGCACGCUAACACUGAGGAAAGGUAGAGGCAGCAUCAGAAACUUGGAGAAAUUAGAGAAGAUGAAACAAAAAUUACAUACAGACGAUGAGUUUAAUUGGUUAGCACCUGGCAAAACGCUUCGUCAACAUGGAGUUGAUGAGUCGGAAAUUCUGCUUCUCCGAAGGAAGUAUUUCUACUCCGACCAGAAUAUAGAUACUCGGGAUCCUGUUCAACUAAACCUUCUUUAUGUUCAACUUAAGGAAGCUAUAUUGAAUGGUACACACCCAAUAUCACAAGAUCAAGCUAUCAAUUUAGCUGCUUUACAAUGUCAAGUUGAAUAUGGCCCAAUGGUACCAGAGAAAAUUAAACGAAAUCCUAUAGACCUAAAAGAUCGGUUGCCCAAAGAAUAUAUUAAAUCCAAGGGAAUCGAGAAAAGAAUAUUGGAACAAUAUCAAAAGUUGGGCAACUAUGAUGAAAAAGAAGCCAAAUUACGCUAUGUCCAAUUAUGUAGAUCUUUACCAACCUAUGGAAUAACAUUCUUUCUUAUAAAAGAAAAACUGAAAGGUCGUAAUAAACUAGUACCACGAUUGUUUGGAGUAAGCAAAGAAAGUGUCAUGCGUGUAGAUGAAAAAACCAAAGAAAUUAUAGAAACGUGGUCAUUAACACGUAUACGUCGAUGGGCUGCUACUGCAAAUCUUUUCACUCUGGAUUUCGGUCAGUAUAGUCCAGAUGGAAAUUAUAUUAUGCAAACAACUGAAGGCGAACAAAUUGCACAGCUUAUAUCUGGUUAUGUGGAUAUUAUUUUACGUAGACAACGUAGUCGUGAUAGUGGUCAAACAGAAGGCGAUGAAGAAAAUACAAUCAUUGAAGAGAAUAUUGCUCCAUCAAAGGCUAAUGUAAUCGCCAAUAUGAGUGCGACACUACCUCGUGGACAUCGUGCUCAAGAGGCGAAUUUAUCUCAUAGUGGUUUAUUACGUACUGCAAGUCAAAGGGAAGACUUUAAUGAAGGUCAUUUGGCCACUGAAAGUCAUACUAUAUCACGUCACAAUUUAAGUGGCAAUAAUAAUAUUGGCUCUGGACUUAUUGUCAAUUCUAACGGAGAUGUAACACCUAGCGGAAAACGUGGAUUCCAAAUGAUUGAUCUUGGACAACCGAAACGUGCUUUACUCUCUCGUAUAGACUAUGGUGUACGUACAAUUCAAGGAGCAUGUGAAGAUAUUGAUAAACCUAUCUAUGAAGAUGAAGAAGCAUUAUACGGUGAUGAUAUAAAUACAAAACGUUGGCGUUCAGAAACAUUACAACAAGCUCGUGCUGGUGUACUCAGUCAUUUAGGUGCAAUGACAAUGGCUACGGGUCGCCUAAUCUCUGGUAUCGAAAUAUCAAACAAUCGGGGACGUAAUGGUGAUAUGAACAAUCAUGCUGAAAUAGAUUAUGCUAGUAUGGAUGCUUCUAUGACAUCAAUUGGAAUGAAUGUAAAAGGUCUUAUGCAUUGUGUACGUUUAUAUGAUCAGCUUGAUACUGUUAAUAACAAUAAUGGAUCAGUUGUAGAUAAAACAAGUUUGAAGCAAGCUGCACAAGCUUUAUCUGAUGCAUUUCUCGACUUAAUGCGUACCACUUUUUCAUCUGUAUCACUGGAUAAUUCAUCAGAUAAAGCUUCUACUUUAACGCGUUCAACAAGUUCAUUAUUUGAUUCCAAGAGUAGUACUGAUCGUGCAGCCCUACUAGAAGCUGCUAGUCGCGUGGGUGAUGCAAGUCGUCAACUGUUGCAAUUAAUUUCACCGCCAACAAUACCUGAGUGUUGUGUAUCAACAAAUGAAAAUGAUACUGUAUAUAAAGAGAACAAUCAUGUUAAUUGUGCAUCAGUAGUUGAUUGGGAAGCUAGAGAUCGUUUACUUACAUUAACUAAGAGUGUUGCUAAUGCAAUGACAGGAUUAGUGAAAAAGGCUAAAACGGGUGCAUUAGUUCUUGAUGAAGAAGUAAAUCAAUACUUAGUAGAGAAUAAAUCAAAUCCAAAUGAUAUUGAAGUACAAAUAUUACGUAAUGCUCAAUCGAAUUUAGUGCAUUCAGCAACACGAGCUGGUAAAACUGCAAGCCAAUUAGUUACUUGCGCUAAAGUAGUUGCAUGUACAAUGGAACAACCGGAGUCACAACAACAAUUAAUGCAUACCAUAAAAGAGGUUGCAUUAGCUGCAGACUCUGUACCAUUACCAGCUAGAGCUUUAUUAGAUUCAUCAUCAUCUGGCGCAGCUGCCACAUUCUUAACAAAUGAUCAUGAAAUGUUUAAUGUACAUUGUAAACUAGUUAAUGAUUUAGAAGAAGGUGUUUACUCUGUACAUAAUGAAUUAGACAAUUUACUUGAUUGUCUAAUAGGAACUUCGAUACAAGCUCACCAAGAUCCUGUAAUUAUGAAUUUGCUUUCGGUUAGUCAUCAAUUACCUGGUAGUGUUGGCGAUGGUCUUUUACUUGUACGUAAAGCUAAUGCAUUAGCGUCUGCAGUAGAUUGUUUAGUGGCAGAUUUACGCUCGGAAGCAAUGAAACAGGAUUCAACGUUGGGAAUACCAUCCAAUGAAAUAGCUAAACGUGCUGAUAUAUUAGAGAAAGAAAUUUAUCAUUUGUUAUCAGUUGCCCAGGAAUGUACUGAUGGUAAUGCUCAAUCAUUGGAGCACCAACAAAAUGUAAUUAUAGCAGCUGAAAAUUUAGUAAAUACAGCUCAUGCAACAGCUGCACCAAUUAUUCGAUCACGUCUUACAAAAGGAUUAGAAUUUGCUACUCGACUUACAGCAGAUAAUGUUGGUCCAUUAGCUACAGUCGGUGGAGAAGUUGUACGUAUUUGUCAAAAUGAUACAUAUCAGUUGGCUUCGGAUUUAGAACAAUUGCAAAAACGUGUAAUGCCUCAAGUGAAUUUAUCUUGUAACAUUGCUCGUGUUCAACCGUAUGAUGUAAAAAAUCAAGCUAACUUACUUGCUGCAUCGCAAAAUUUAAUGAAGUGCUUAGAAGAUUUAUUACGAUCAGCUGAUGCAGUUGCACCAACAAUUCAAGAUUCUGGUGUCCAAUCGGCAUUAACUGAUGUGACACGAAAUACUCAAGCUUGUUUAACUGAUCUUCGUUUAUGUUUUGCUAAUUCUGAAUCUGUACUUGGCAAUGAACCUCCUGAAUUAUCAGAAAAAUUAUAUCAUUUAAUGAAUGGAAAAAAGACAUCACAGUCGAAUGGAUUAAGUGAAUCGGAUUAUCAUAUUGGUGAUGUGGAGGCGAAUGAAUUAGUUAAAAUAUCAACAGCUAUUGAACAGUUACGAACAGAGUUGUUCGAUCCAUCUUAUCAUUUGUUACCAAAUGAAACACUUGAUUCAAUCUGUGUUUCAUUAUGGUCUGCAAUAACUGAUUAUAAUCAAGUAUUCACUUUACCGGAUGCUAAUAAUAAUUAUAUGAAUUCAAAUAAUCAAUUAGAACAAAUUUGGCAUAAAUUUCCUCCGUUAAUUGAACGUAUCAAGGAGACAUGUAAUAAUUAUGAAGGUAAUAUGAAAAAAAUGAUGCAAUCCAGAUUAAAUAUUGUUCAAGAAUUGUUGUAUCACCUUGGACCCGUACUACGCGGUAUACGUAGUUUAGCUAGAUAUUUUCAUAAUGCAGCUCAGUCAACAACAGUUGAUUCGAAUUUAGCUCGGGUCAUCAAUGUAUCUCAUGGUGUUGCAUCAAAACGUCAAAGCAGUAUAUCUGUUUGCUCUACCGUGAUAGAACAGAAUAAUACUAAUUCAAGUCUAUCAAAUUCAGAACAGCAAACUCAAAUUACUGCAAAUGUUAUGCAUCAGAAUUUAAUGUCAAUAGCUGAAACUUGUCUUGUUGCCUGUGGUCAACUUAUUACAUGGGCACUUAGACACAAUUCACAGACGACUAUUCCCGAUGAUGAACUGCAAGAUGCUGGAGUGACUGCUGAUCAGUUGAAUACAUCAAUUAAUGCUGUAUUAGGUUAUAUUCCUGGUGAAGUGACUGUAAGACGUUUAUUUGCACUACUUCAGGAUGCUUCUAGAAUAGUGGAAAUGUCAACAAACGAAACCUCAGAAUUAACUAAUAGCCAAAAAUCUGAUUCUAACCAAUUAUCCUCAUAUGAAUUAUCACCUCCAGCCAUACUUAUGCGUUCAUCAAAUCUACCACUUGUAGACAUUUAUGAACAAAUAAGUGAAACAGCUAAACAACUUGCCCGUACUUGUUUAAGUGUUAGCUAUGAAGUUUCUGGUAAAAUGAAACCAUCACAAAUUGAAUCAUCAUUUGGUUCACAGAGUAAUCUAAUUUUAUUAGCUUGUAUAGCUGAUCGAUUGACUGGUGCCGUAGCUGACGUAGUACGUGCUGCUGGUUAUCGUAGUGCACAACUACGUUCUAUUGGUCAUUUAUUAAAUAAUUUUAAUCAAGCCGCUGAACCUGUUGCUUAUGGACUGCAAUAUGCAAUGCGUACCUUAGAGUCAAGUCAAAAUGAUUCUGGUAUACCGUCAGCAAAUUUAACACUUGCCAAGUCAUUAUUAAAAUUAAGAGAUUGGGCUUUAGAAUUAGAUCAAAAGGCUGUGACAUCUAAAGAACAAACAUUUUCAUCUCGCAUGGACGAUGGUGUUCAACAAAAUGAUGGUGAUGAUGAUGAUAACAGUCAACUAACUAUAAGCAAUUACAAUAAUAGUGAAAAUGAAGCCAAAUUGACUGAAACGUCUAUGCAUAUGCGUAAUCAAUGUGAUGUAUUACUCCAUCGAUUAGACAGCUUGAUACAUCCAAAUGUGUACAAUGAAGAUAAAGGGAAUUCUCCUGAAACAGCAGAUAGAAAUAGCACGUUUUGUCCUAUACUCUUACCAAUCAAUGAUUUGAAUUAUCCUCAAUGUUGUGAUGCAGUAUGCGAUAUUGAUAAGGAAUUUAAUACACAUUUAAAUGAAAUACCGUCAUCUAUAACUGAUAAUAAAGCUGGAUUAUUCAUCCAAUCUGUCAAAGGUUUAGCACAAGUCACCAACCAUUUAGUACAAAUUACUUAUCAAGCUGCUUAUCUCAUUGCUGCAGCACAUCCAGCUUCACGACCAGGUCAUGUGACUCGUUUCAGGUCAUCUGACCAAUUGACUACGAUACAUGAUCAUGUAGCAGCUAUUCGUAAAAGUGUUAGCGAAAUAUGCCAAUCUCAAAAUGAAGCUUCAUCCAAAGGACUUCCGUCUUUAGAAAUUUUAGCUACUGCUAAUCAUUUAGCACAAAGAGCUACACAAUUAUGUCAAACAACACGACCUUAUUUGUCUGAAAUCAAAAAUCUAUCUGAAAAAAGACGUUUAGCUGAUUCAUUAGAACAUGUUGCACGAUCAGCUGCUUCUGUAUUUAAUAUAAUUAAAACUUCACGUAACACAAAUCCAACAUCUGGUACGACCGAUAUAAUUCAUAAACUAUGCUCAGCAUCAUCUAUACUAGAAGUUGAUGUUGAUCAAUACAUUGAUUUAUUACUUCGUGAUGCUGCCGGUUCACCUGCUCAUUUAGCUGAAGAAACUUACGAGCUUCAAAUACCUGUAUUAAAAUGUGGACAAACUGUUGCCAAAUGUAUCGCAAAUCUAAUCGAUUCUAGUCAUCAAAUAAUUGAUAAUCAUUGUCAGAAUAUACAAACAAAAUUAAAUGAUAAUAAUAAUGCCAAUAAUGAUAGAACUGGUUUAUCUAAUUUUGAAGAUGGUCGACAUAAUUUACAUGAAUCUUGUUUAAAUCUACUUAGUACUUUACGGCAAAAUGUUCCUGGUUUAUCUACAUGUGAUCAAAUACAGAAAACUAUUAAAAAUUUACUCAAUGAUUUAAAUCAUGCUAUUGUAUCAGUUAGCAGUGUUAAUCAAUCAAAACGAACUAAUUCAUAUUCAUCAAAUGUACAAAAUUUAGAGAGCUCAUUAGCUCUUAUUCGUACCAGUAUAGAACAAAUUGAACAUUUGAGUAAAGAAACAAUUGAAAAUUGUCAACUUGGUAAUUGGGAAAUAAUGGCGCAUAACUUGUAUUCAAUUAGUACAUAUUUACCAAAUUUCGUUAAAGAAUCUAUUCGUACAUGCGGAAGUUUGAUGCGACUGUCCGAUCAAACAAACUUGAAUAGUCUUACGCGUACUGUUCUAGAAGCUAUGCAACAGUUAAUUGAUUGUGUAUCUAUUACUCUUAAAGGACGAUCACAAUCAUUGCCAGUGUCCAACUGUCACAAUUCAUUGAUCAAUUACAAUAAUCAGUUACAACAAGCUUGUGUUGAAUUAUCUAAACAGAUCGAUACAAUUGCUAUGGAACAAGGUGGAUUGAAUUGGCACAUUGCCUCUAUCACUUCAGCUUGCUCAAAGCUUGAUGAUACAGUACCCUUAUCAAAUGGAUCACAAAAGAAUGAUUCAAAUGAAAAUGCUGUUUCAUUGCCAGCUAACUUUGUUCAACUGCAUGCGCGUCUAGGUCAUCAAUCACGUGAAUUAUCUGAUCUUAUGGUUAGAGUAACAGAAGUUUAUGCCGCCAAUCAAGGAGAAAAUUGUGCAGAAGUCAUAUCUUCUUUUGUUCAACAAUUUCUUCAAAUGACCGAAACAGUACAGCAAAUGUCUUCUGUAUUGAAAAUGCAUCCACAAAUUGACACGGGACCUACUUUAGCUCAAAAGCUUUGUCAUGCUACUCAAGCUAUUGGUGCAGCUUCUUCCGAAUUUCUCCGUGCUCCAUUACAUACAGAUAGAGUAAAUAAUCUAAAUUCUAGAUUGAAUGAUCUUAAAGCUGUACUUCAAUCAUGUACUCGUGGUGCUGAUGCUUGUACAACUGCAAUAACUAAUUUAAAUCGUUUAGUAGCUGAUUUAGAUACAGCUGCACUGUUUGCACGUGCUGGUACGUUACAAGAAUCAUUUAAGACGCCCACUUCACCUACUGAUAAAGGUUCUGUUACAUUUAAACAAAGAGCUUUUCAAACUGCUCAAGAAGCAGUAAUGCAAGCGGAAAAAGGCAUUGUUGAAGAUAUGCAAACUCUGAUUAAAACAACAUCAACUGAUCAAGAUGCUUUAGCAAUAUCUGCACAAAAUUGUUUUAUUCGAGCUACAGAAUUAACUGAGUCAGCUAAAAAUGCUGCUUCAUGUACAGCAUCAUUAUUAUCAUCUAAUCCAGAUUUAUCUAUUGAAGGACAAGUACAAUUGUUAACAUCUACACGUGAUGUUGUCUCAGGUUUAGUACGUUUACUUAAUCAUGGUAAAUCUAUUUCUGCAGUAUGUUAUGCUAUUGAAUUUUGGAAUGAUCAAACAGAUGAUACAUUAAAUAGUUUAAUGAAAACUAAGCAAAAAGCUUUAAAUGAUACUGCUGUUCAAGUAAUUGAAACUAUAUCUAGCUUAUCAAAUUCUCUACGUUCUAUUAGUGAUAUGUUUACUGUGGCUAAAUCACCUACUGUAAAAGAUGAAAAUCCACCAAUUUCACCUAUUCCUCCGGCAGUCCCAUUGAAAAAAGUUAGUCUGAAAGUAUCUGCACAAAAAUUCACAAGUUUGGAUAAAAAAACUGAUCAUGCAAAAUCUAACGUUCAUACCAGUCUUGAAUCAAUUAUAACUAUAUUAAGUAAUUUAAAUGAACGAUUAAAUAAAUGGGAUGUUAAAGAUGGAUUAUUACAUACACCAGAUUUUGAUGAUGAUAUGGAAUUCGAAAGGGAAACAGCACUAGGUCAAGUGAUCAAUCCAUCUUAUUUAGUAUGUGCUGCUCGAGCUAUCACUCAAGCAGCUACUAAUGCAAAUAAUGCUACUGGAUCAGGUAAAACAUCCGAAAUUGGUUUAGCUGGAGAUAUGAUACGCCGAGCUGCGGAAGAACUAGUAAGACGUCUUCAUUCCGUUCUACAAACUUCAUUGUCAUCUGUCUCCGUAUCAAAAGAUAAUGCUUCUUGGCGCAAAUCGACCAAUCCUUCUAAUACUCAAGAGGUUUUAUCAAAUGGUGUUGUUCGUGAAUCAGGAAGUGGAAAUACAUUAGAUGAUUGUAGUGAAUCAAUAUGUUAUCCUGCUUUAGAGAAAAUAUGUCAACGAGCUAUUCAUGGAAGUGCUAGUACAAUGUCAGAGCUUAAACAAUUAGUGGAACAUAUGAAUAAAGCACUUGAUUCUGGUCCUGGAAGUCCGGAUAGUGUUCAAGUCACUCUGGCUAUGAGACGUUUACGAGAAACCGUUUUUGAAAUUGUUGACUGUUCAAUGUCCUUACCUGGUGCUAACGAAGACGAUAUUGCUGAUUUCAAACCAGCUGUUUCUACUAAACCGAUUCCAAUAUUAAUUGACAAUAAAAUUACAAGUUCUUAUGAAAAUCCUUUUGAUCGGAAAUCAAUUUAUGGCAGUUCUAUAGAUAUUGAAAAGAGUAUUGCUGAAGCAAAUGCAACAGCUGUUGAUAUUGACCAUUCCACAUUAUCAUCAUCUUCAUCAACAUCUGGUGUACAAAAUGCACUUCAAGAUUUAGCUGGAGAAAUCGAACGAAGUGUUGAACGUAUUGGUUUAUUACAUUCAAAACAUUCAUUUAAGAAUUCAUUAAAUUCACAAAAAUCAAGUCAUUCACAAUUAGAUCAGUCUAAAGAUACGAUGACUUCAACAUCAAAAUAUACAACUACCACCGUUGUUUCAACGACAAACAAUCAAAUUUCUAACAAUGAUAGUCGUACAACUAUAAAUAAUAUUAAUGAAGAUAUAGAUUUAGAAUCAUCAGACGGUAUGGAUGCACUUAUUAUAGCUUGUCGAAAUUUAGUUCAUGCUACUUUAAGUUUAAUGUAUUGGGCUGCUGCUGCUCAACGUGAACUUGUUCAACAAGGUCGAUUAAAACCAAUUGAUAUACCACAAACCCCUGAUCUAGAAUCUGAAUCACAAUGGGCACAAGGUUUAAUAUCAGCCGUAAGUAGUUAACAUUUCUUAUAUGUUUUGUAUACUUCAGGGAAGUUCAUUUUUUGUGUAGUUGUUGAAAGUAGUUACUUCAGAUAUUUUGAAUAUCUAGUAAAAUCUUGUUUAAAUACGUUUCUCUGUAAAAUAUAUGUCAGAAAAUCAAUAUUAGUAUUAUUAAUUUCAUUCAAAUAAACUAAUAGUUUGGGAUGACAUUUAUCCUCCGGUGGUUGAAAUUCUUGAUCCCUAUUGAUAAAAUUGAUCAACUUACAUUCAUCAAUUAGGAUUAGCAGACCACGUAGCUAGUGCUAAUUAAAAUUAUUAACGUUCAGAGUAGAGGUGAACACUAAAGGAAUAAUACCCUUUUAUAUUAAUCUUCAGAAAUAACAAAUAAUUUCCUUUUUAAAACUAUUCAUUUCAUUGAAUGGAACAGGAUGUAAACAUUUUUGGGGUUGGGAUGAAAACAUUCCUAAAGAUUUCAGAAAUCAUUGGGUUAUAAAUGCUAGUCAAUAGUGUGAUUAUCCUAACUGUCUAUCUGACGGUAUGAGAAUGAGGUAAUUACUCACCGAAGUCAGUUUAUCAUGACACUAGUGUACCACGAGCUUCAUGAGACAUAAAAUGUAGACGCUAGCAUUGUUAUUUACUGACUCGAUGUUAUCAGCCCCACUGUGAGUUAUAAACAGACAUCGUCUUGAUCCUUUACGUGUUCGUGAUUGUUCACUGUUUAAUAGUUAUGGAUCUGAGGCGAUAGUUGUUAACAGUUCUUCACGUAUUUUAUUGUACGAUGAAAACUAUGUACCAAUUAUAAAGUGUAUGAUUUUUAUAUUAAUUUAAUUGUUAAGCUCAGUAGACAUUUCAACAACUUGAAAUUACAAAUCCUUACUGUUAUAUGUAGAGCUUAGAUUCUCAAUAUACUUGAGCACUCGAACGCUAAACCCUCCCAAGUCAUAAAUGGGAAGGAAGAAGACAAGUGAAAGGAAUGCUAUUUUAAACAGUGUCAAUUAUAGUACAAAACUGUCAGGUAUUUAUAGUUUUCAGUAAACACGAAAUCAUCGUUAUAGCCCUCUAAUCUGCAUACACAGGAUUACUAGCAGUGGUCCAAUAGGGAAGCUACACGUAGUGAUUCUGGGAUAUUCUUCCAAAAGAUGAUUGGAUGGAGUAUCUUUAGCUCUUUCUGAGCUUCCUCGAGUUCACCCGUGGACUAUCCUCGCACUUACUAGUUUCAUAUUCAUUAAACAAUUUGAUGAUUACCUGAAUUCAGUACCUCAAUAGAUGACGAGUUGUUCAUUUUAAACGAAAGACACUAUGUUCAAGUCUUAAUGUGGACGUCAACAUUAAGUCUCAAGAGCAAUCAACUGAUGAGUUUCACGUGGGUUGAAACGUCCAUUCUGGAUCCCACUUCCAGCCGCAUAUCAAACGUGCUAAAUCAGUAGAUAUUCUUUUUAAGAUUGUUACACAUGAAUUCUUUUGACGUAUGAUUAGUUGCCUAAAUUGAUGCAAAUAUUGUGUUUUUUACUCACAAAAUAAUUUCAAAUAGUAAACCCAAGACAAGAAUGAAUAUUGAAAGACAAGAGCAAAAAUGAACACAUUUAAAAUGUUGCUUAAAAUUUCUUAAUGAUUGUAAGAUAAGGCUUUUGUAGAUCAUUCAAUAACCGAUGAAAUUAAGGAGUGAUUUUCAGAUUUAAUUAUUGUUUAUUAUAUUACUUAAGCCAACUAACAAGAUUAUUGGAUUUUGAAUAUUGUUAAAAGUACUAAAGAAUUUAUUAUCUGUUCAUCAGAUAUUCACUGAUAUAUUAGGGUUUUAUAGUGCCUCUCAAAAUGCAUUUAUUAAUUUACACUUUAUCGCUAACUUUAUUUUCCUUAGUUUUUACCUCAUUGAACACAUUUACAUCUGCACUGCUUUCAUUUGACAACUUAGUGACUAACUACUAAUAGGGUUAUUGAGUAGUAUGUUGUUUUCAGCAGUGCACACUGUCAGUGUUAAGUAUUUACGCUGACCUAACUACAUGCCCAUUUAUUCUUCAUUUAUCUUUUAUUUUCAUGGUUGUUCUGCAAUUAUUUUAUUUCAAGUUCUCCAAAACCGUUUCAAUUUAUUGAAAGCAUGAACAGAAUGUGCAGAGUUUUAACAGUACCUAGAACAAUUACCAGGUAAAAUGUUUGUUUAGCUACAUUAUCUCUGACUAGUGGUUGCAUAAGCUGUCUUUUCCGACUACUCAUGAUUAGGUCAAAAUAAUUUCUAAAAAAUCCGUUACAUAUUUGAAAUGAUUUAAAGUGUUAUGCAGUAUGUCUCGUCUCUCUCUUUUUAAAAAAUUAUGUAGGCAAGGUAUGUGGCUGUUGGUGCGAAUCACUUAGUUGAAUCAGCUCAAGCAUUUGUCACAAUGCACGUUAGUGGUUCUUCACAAUUAAUCAACGCAGGUGAUAUAACUUUAAAGCCAGAAAGUUUAAUAUCGGCUGCACAAACAACAGCUGGUUAUACUGCUCAAUUGGUCAUUGCUUGUAUAGCUAAAGCUGAUCCGAAUUCACAAAGUUGUUUGGGCUUACGUAAUGCUGGUGGAUCUGUCAAACAUGCAGCUGAUCGUUUGGUACGAAUUGUACAAAUGAUCGUAUCCAAAAGCAAACCGGCAAUGACUACAACAACAACACCAGUGAACGUAGACAAAGAACAAUCUGAGACAUCAUUAGACAAUUUAAAUGGUCGAGUUGUUUCAUCUAUGAGACAAGUAUGUGUCGAUUUUGUCGUUAUAAUAAUGAUCACGGCUUUUAGAACGAACUACAAAUAUAUCUGGUUAUAAUGUUAUGAGAUUAUUCUGAUUUUUUACACUUUGAAAUGUGUCUUAUAUUACAAUUCACUGUAUCAUUAUUAUAUUUUAUGAAAACAUAUUAUGAUUACUUAGUUGAUAGGUUAGCACUUAACGAUUUCCAGUUUUGGUAUAACCAAUGGAUGUUUAUGUUAUCAGCCUCCUAUUAUUUUUAUCAAAAAAGGACGUCUUUGUAUUAGCAAGAAAAACGAAAGAUAUACCACAAGCUUUAAAUAAUACAUUUAUCCUGUCAUUGGAUUAAAUGAGACUUUCUGUGUGUCUAGUUGAUCUGAGAGCGAUCAUAGUAUCGUUUGUAGAUUUAACUCGGUCUUGCUUUUAAAAAUAGUUUUUCACGUGUGCUCCCAUGCGCUCAACGCAGGCUAAAUAUUUUAAUCUACAUUAUACAUUGAUAUGAGGUAGACAAUGCUUAGCUGAUCUGUGUUCGUUGACUUAUAAUCAAAGAACGUUUACGAUUCAAUUAUUACUGGUUGUAGAGAGGAUCAUUUGUCAUACUCUUCAGUAAAGUUCCACAUUCAUUGUUACCUAUCUACAAUUGAUGCAUCUGGAUAAUAUCAUCCAUGUUGCUUACACAUUAGUUUUAAUACAAGUGUGCAAGUAACUGUUAAUGUUUGUAUGAAAACAAUCGUUAUUAUAUUCGUUAAUCCCUUAUUGACAAUUCUACAAUGAUAGAUUUGUUCCUAUAAUUCGAUGAAAAGAAUAAUAAUGCUUCUUAUUCACUACUAAGAGCAUAUGAAUUUCAGUCAUCAUCUCAAGACUCACUCCCACUUCAUUUAUUUCAAUUUGUCUAAGCGGACAAGAUCAAUAACACUUCUCUUUCUCUUACGCACACAUUCGACUCAAAGCCAUAUAUAAAGACCUGUGAAAUGAUGAUAAAUGAAUGUCAUGAAAUUCAAUUGGUCUGUAAUUUCAAACAAACGAAUAAAUACGACAAUAACAAUGGCAACCAAAUGAUAAUAAAAUCGCUCUCAUUUUCAUGCACCUAAUACAACGAAAUUAACAGUUAACUGUGAUGAAUAAUUUUUCUUUCGGAAUUUAAUUUUCUGUCAAUUUUUCUAGGUAAUUGAAACUAAAUCCAGUAUUGCUGCUAAACAAAGGGAAUUGGAUAAAUUACACGCUCAACUGAAACACAUUCAUCAAGAUCAAUAUAGAUCACACGUACAGUAAAAAAAGAGAAGAGGAAGAAAACAAUGACAUAAAAGAUAAACAAAUGAUUGCUGUUGUUUUGUUUUCUCCAUGUUUAUUGUCAAUUACAAAAGUUUGUGUUUAUAUAUUCGUCACCUUUACAUUUUUAUAACUUUGUUGAAAAGAUUAACAGACUAUUUCCGAAAUACUAUGUUGAUUUAGGCAUUACUUGCUUACUCACUUUACAAUGAUGCUUGAGUGUGUUUGUGUGAAAGGUGGGUGUUCUUUUAUUAACUAAAAAGACAACUUAAAUGUUUCAUAUAACUUAUUAUGUCUUAUUCACCUAUGAUCUUUCUGUUGUUUUUUUUCGAAUCUAUCCUCAAAUCUAUUUGAUUCAUAUGUGUAUAUCUUUGAUAAUUAGUAGUAGUGAUUCAUUUCGACUAAUUCAAUCCCUGAUAAAUUACUUUGUAUUAUGUCAGUUCGGUAGAAGAGGGAUGCUUUUGCUCACUCUUUACAGUGAAUCUGUAAUCAUUUUCUAACCACAUAUAAUUAUGAUCGAGAUACACAUAUACGGAUGUAUGAAAUCAUUUUAUAUAACUAGAAUAGUAAAAUACUGAAUGCCAUAUGUGCACACAAAUAAACACACUUAAUACCUCUAUAGUUCAUUAUAGUUAUUGUUAUUUAGUAUUGUUGAUAAUUUUCCGGUUUUUACAAAUCAUAUUUUCAAAAAUACUACUAUAAACUUUCACACGAAUGUUCAAAUUACUGGAGAGUACUUGUUACACACCAUACAUCCAUUUAUACAACAGAUUUUUGAUUGAUUCAGUUUACAUUUUUUCGGAUAAACUUACUUAUACUGUUGUUGCCAAUAGUCAUAGUCUACGAUUCUGCCUGUUUGUGUGCACAUGUAUGUUCAUUCUUUAGUAUUACUAUGUUCCUCCGAUUUAUUCACCGUAAAUCAGCUUCCCAUAUAUAUUUACAGAGACUGAAAAUCCAAGUAUACUGUACAAAUACACCUUAGUAUUAUUGUUUUUUCUAAAAUUUCACACUAUCAGAUAAGAAAUGAAUUCAUGAUAAUUAACAAGUCAAUUUUAUUGGAUUGAUUCUCUCAGUAUUAACUAUUUACAAUUGAACAAUGGAUGAACCAAUGGAUGUAAUAAUAUUAACUAAACAUAACAAUAAUAAUAAUGCAUAGAAAACACAACUACAGUUAUGUUUACUAAUCCGUAACAAUUUUAUCACUGUUUUAUUGCCUUGACUUCCAUUUCUUUCAUCUCUUUCUUUCUCCUCUUUUGUUUUACCUCACUUUUUAUACAAAUUCACAAAAACAUUUUGUAAUACGUUCUAUGGUUUCUAAAUGGGAUUAUUUUUUUAAUUCGUUGAUAUUUUUCUUCCGUCUUUCUUUUUUUUUUAAAGAAUAUGUAUUUGCAAACUUAUUAAGGAAUACAAAGUGUUGUUUUAUUUUGCAUUGAAAAUGGUUGCGCUAAUUUUUGUAAAUCGUUUGUAUCUAUUCACUGUAAGCUAUGAAUUAGUAAAAUGUAAUCAAAUCAAUCUAUAAACAAUAAUACUAGUGUU